CAUGACAUAAAUAUAAUAUACAGAAAAAUAAAUCAAUAACCAUAGGCCCAAAUGUAUACUAUUAUUACUAAAUAGUAUUGUUGUUACACUGUUUUUGUUUGUUGACACUGUUUGGAAUUACAGCUACGGAUUACGAUUCACUAGUGACGAGACGCUAAUAUCGAUAUCGAAUAUUAAAAUAAAAAUACUGCGCAGUGUCCAGCGAGUUCGUAUUUUCGCAAGUGAAUUUGUUGUCGACCGUCGUCCAUAAUUUUUGCUGUUCUUGUCCAUAUUCUGUUGACCAACAACUCGGUUCAUAAUGAAAACAGACAACAUAAAAUUUGAAUCUUCUGAAGGAUUAAAAAACCCUUACGUUCGUUUGGAGCGUUGCAGUUUAGAAGAAAUUAAUGGCUACAAAUUGAGACCAGAAAAAAAUGCUUACUAUUUGAUUGAGCCUGAAACGGAGCAAAUACACCAAGAAGUUGAUAAUAAUAUGCUAUCAUUAAACUUAAUGACUAUUUAUGGUGAUUAUGAAAAAUUGUACCGUUCUUACGUCUUGCUUGAACGAUUAUCUCCACAUGAUAUCCAAAAUUAUUUGAAUAAAAAGAAUUAACUACAAUUCAUUCAAUGGGACUUGAAAAUGAUGAUAAAUUUUUGGUUUGGUAUGGAUUCCAGUUCUAAACAAAAUUCAGAUGGAGAACUAAUAUAUUCACAUUUACAAAACUUACAUUUAUGUAUCAGUUAAUUAUAUAUAUCUUAAUAUAAAAGGAUUAAUUGGAUUUAUUUAUGUGU